AUGAGCAAGGUGUUCGAUGCGGCCGAGGUCGCAAAACACAAUACUAAAGAUAGUUGCUGGGUGAUUCUAUAUGGGAAAGUAUAUGAUGUGACCGAUUUUCUCUCGGAGCACCCUGGUGGCUCCAAAAUCAUUCUCAAGCUUUCGGGCCAGGAUGCCACCGAAGAAUAUGAUCCCAUUCACCCCCCAGGGAUUUUAGAGGAGAACCUCAAGCCAGAGGCUUUCCUAGGGACGGUGGAUACUGCGACGUUACCGAAGCCAAAGGCCGAUGCUACUCAGUCGCAAGAGGAGAAGAAAAAGAAGGAAGAGGAUGUGCCCAUGGAGGCACUUCUAAACAUGGACGAUAUCGAGAAAUUGGCCACCGAAAAAGUCAGCAAAAAGGCGUGGGCGUACUACUAUUCCGCAUCCGACGACAAGAUCACGAAACACUUCAACACAGACGUCUAUCGAUCAAUUACGCUUCGACCGCGGGUAUUCCUCGACUGUUCUAAAUGCGAUUUAGAUAUUUCGGCCCUCGGAUACAAACUAGGCAUACCGAUCUUCGUUUCUCCCGCAGCCAUGGCACGUCUUGGUAACCCGGCCGGUGAGGCGGGGAUAGCAGAAGCCUGUCGCAGCUUUGGUGCGAUGCAGAUCAUCUCGAACAAUGCCUCUAUGACUCCGGAACAGAUUGUUGAAAAUGCCGCUCCCGAUCAGAUUUUCGGAUGGCAACUGUAUGUGCAGACGGAUCGUAAGAAGAGUGAGAUCCAGCUGGCGCGCAUCAACAAGCUCAAGGCAAUUAAGUUUGUAGUUCUCACUCUCGACGCACCGGUUCCUGGUAAACGAGAAGAUGAUGAGCGUGGCAACGCUGCAGCCGGUGCUGGCCAAGGGGAGAGCGGCGUCGGGAGGCAGCUUUUCCAGGGAACAGACCCGACACUCACUUGGAGAGAUACUCUACCUUGGCUGCAAAAGCAUACCGAUCUACCUAUUAUUCUCAAGGGCCUCCAGACGCACGAAGACGCAUAUAUCGCAUCACUCCACGGCCCGCAAAUCAAGGGUAUCAUUCUUUCAAACCACGGCGGACGAGCUCUUGAUACUGCGCCCCCAGCGGUGCAUACUUUGCUAGAAAUCCGGAAAUAUUGCCCCGAGGUCUUUGACAAGCUUGAGGUUUGGGUUGACGGUGGAAUUCGACGUGGAACCGAUGUAGUGAAGGCUCUUUGCCUUGGUGCGAAAGCUGUGGGAAUUGGAAGACCCGCUCUAUGGGGUCUGGGAGCUGGCGGCGUCGAGGGUGUCAAGCGCACCUUACAGAUUCUGGCCGAUGAGACAGCCACAACCAUGCGCUUGCUUGGCUGCGAGCGCGUAGAACAAUUGGGACCUCACCAUGUCAACACCCGGGUUGUGGAGCAGCAGAUCUAUGAUGGGCCACCAGGACUAGAUUACAUUCGCUCGGCUUACCGUGCGAAGCUCUAG